AUAUUAACGAGUGUGAGAUCGGGGCUCAUAACUGUGAUCAUCAUGCGAGCUGUACGAACAGCGCCGGCAGCUUCAGGUGCAGCUGCGCUCCAGGCUGGAUCGGGAACGGCAUCAAGUGCACAGAUCUGGACGAGUGCUCGAACGGGACGCACCACUGCAGCCCCAGCGCAGACUGCAGGAACACCAUGGGCUCAUACCGCUGCCUCUGCAAAGAGGGAUUCAGCGGAGACGGCUUCUACUGCACUGACACAGACGAGUGUGCUGAUAAUGUGAAUCUGUGUGAGAGCGGUCACUGUCUGAACAUCGCUGGAGGAUUCCGCUGUGAGUGUGACAUGGGCUUCAUCCCCACUGCAGACGGCAAGGCCUGUGAAGAUAUAGACGAGUGCACGUUUGCAGACAUCUGUGUGAACGGCCGCUGCAGUAAUAUCCCGGGUCUCUUCCGCUGCCUGUGUGACCCUGGGUAUGAGCUGGACCGCAGUGGAGGAAACUGCACGGAUGUGAACGAGUGCAACGACCCCAACACCUGCAUCAGCGGUCUGUGUCUGAACACCCCUGGCAGCUACAUCUGCAGCUGCCCCCCCGACUUUGAGCUCAAUCCCACUGGAGUCGGCUGCGUCGACACUCGCUCUGGAAACUGCUACCUGGACGUCCAGUACCGAGGCGAUUUCUCUGAGAGUCUGAGCUGCUCCAAUGAGAUUGGAGUGGGAGUGUCCAAAGCGUCCUGCUGCUGUUCUAGGGGUGUGGCCUGGGGACAGCCCUGCGAGGCCUGUCCAUCACUCAACUCCACCGAGUACAAGAAACUGUGUCCUGGAGGAGAAGGAUUCAGACCCAACCCCAUCACUAUCAUACUGGAAGAUAUAAACGAGUGUCAGGAGCUGCCGGGUCUGUGUCAGGGUGGCGACUGCAUCAACACCUUCGGCAGUUUUCACUGUGAGUGUCCCAGAGGGUUUGCACUCAAAGAGGACACCAGGAUCUGUGAAGAUGUGGAUGAGUGUGCGAAUCCUGGCAUCUGUGGUCCAGGUCAGUGUUAUAACACCAUAGGAAACUACACCUGCAUCUGCCCACCCGAGUACAUGCAGAUCAAUGGAGGAAACAACUGCAUGGACAUGCGGAAGAGCUUGUGCUACAGGAACUACUACUCCGACAACGCCACAUGUGACGGCGAGCUCACCUUCAACAUGACCAAGAAGUUCUGCUGCUGUUCCUACAACAUCGGCCGCGCCUGGAAUAAACCCUGCGAGAAGUGUCCCGUUCCCAGCACCAAUGAAUUCGCUGUGCUGUGUGGAAGUGAGAGGCCGGGAUAUUUCAUUGACAUCUACACUGGACAGAUUAUUGAUAUUGACGAGUGCCGUGAGAUACCCGGUGUGUGUGAGAACGGCGUGUGUAUCAACAUGAUCGGCAGUUUCCGCUGUGAAUGUCCGAUGGGUUUCGUCUAUAAUGAUAAACUGCUGAUCUGUGAGGAUAUUGAUGAGUGUCAGAACGGGCCGGUGUGUCAGCAGAACGCCGUCUGUCUGAAUGUUCCUGGAAGUUUCCGCUGCGAGUGUAAAUCUGGAUACCGGCAGACUCCGACGCAGCAGUGUGUCGACCGUAAUGAGUGUGCUGAGAAUCCUAACAUCUGCAGUCCUGGUCAGUGUAUUGAUAUGGUGGGCAGUUACCGCUGCAUCUGCCCCAACGGCUUCAAGUCCACCCCUGACCUGUGCAUAGAUGUGGACGAGUGUGAUCGUCAACCAUGUGGAAAUGGCACCUGUAAGAACACUGUGGGCUCCUACAACUGCCUGUGUUACCCAGGAUUCCAGCUGUCACACAACAACGACUGCAUUGACACAGAUGAGUGUGUGUCGCUCCGGGGUUUGUGCCGAAACGGAAACUGCAUCAACACAGUGGGCUCAUUUGUGUGUGUGUGUCUGGAUGGAUAUAAACUCUCGCCUGACGGACGCACAUGUGUGGACAUCAAUGAGUGUUUGCUGAGCCCUGGCACCUGCGGUCCCGGGACGUGUCAGAAUCUGGACGGCUCCUACAGGUGCAUCUGUCCUCCAGGGUAUUACCUGCAGGAUGACCGCUGUGAAGACAUCGACGAGUGCUCUCAGUCUCCAGAGAUCUGCAUUUUCGGGAAGUGUGUGAACACGCCAGGCAGCUUCAGGUGUGAGUGUCCCGAGGGUUUCCAGCUGUCCUCGUCCGGGAAGAGAUGUGUGGAUAUCCGGGUUAACUACUGUUACACGAAGUUUGAGAACGGCCGCUGUCUGGCCCCAAAACCCCUCAACACCACCAAGAGUGUGUGUUGCUGCAGCGGGAUGCCGGGUCAGGGAUGGGGCGACCCCUGCGAGAUUUGCCCCUCCAUGGAGGACGCUGCCUUUAAAGUUCUGUGUCCGGCUCCUGGUAAAAGCCACAGUACAGACGAUACUGCUGUGGAUGUGGACGAGUGUGUGCAGAACCCCGGGAUCUGCAGGAACGGUCACUGCAUCAACACUGACGGGACGUUCCGCUGCGAGUGUCCGUUCGGUUACCGGCUCGACUUCACCGGCAUCAACUGCGAAGACACGAAUGAGUGUGAGCUGGGGAACCCGUGUGGAAACGGCACCUGCACUAAUGUAGAGGGAGCCUUCGAGUGCAGCUGUGAUGAAGGCUUCGAGCCCGGACCCAUGAUGACCUGCGAAGAUGUGAACGAGUGCUCCCAGAAUCCUCUGCUGUGUGCGUUCCGCUGUGUGAACACGGUGGGCUCGUAUGAGUGCAGAUGUCCAGCGGGGUACGUGCUGAGGGACGACCGCAGGAUGUGCAAAGAUCAGAAUGAGUGUGAGGAGGGUCUGGACGACUGCGCGUCUCGAGGGAUGAGCUGUAAGAAUCUGAUCGGCACAUACAUGUGCAUCUGCUCUCCGGGAUACACACGCCAGCCCGGCGGAGACAGCUGUGUGGAUCUGAAUGAAUGCUCAGUCAAGCCGGGCAUCUGUGAGAACGGCCGCUGCGAGAACACGGUGGGCAGCUACAGGUGUGUGUGUGACCAGGGCUUCAGUCCCAGCCCCAGCAGAACCGAGUGCAUGGAUAACCGGCAGGGCUUCUGCUUCCCGGAGGUCCUCCAGACCAUGUGUCAGAUGAGCUCCAGCAGUCGUGUGAGCGUCCGCAAGUCUGAGUGCUGCUGUCUGGGGGGCCGCGGCUGGGGGCCCGACUGUGAGCUCUGCCCGCUGCCCGGACACACACACUACAGGAAGAUGUGCCCGCUGGGGCCCGGGUACACCACUGAUGGACAGGAUAUCGACGAGUGUAAGGUGAUGGGCAAUCUGUGUAAGAACGGUCGGUGUCUAAACACGCUGGGCUCCUUCAGCUGCAUCUGUAAACCAGGAUACACCACUGACAUCACAGGCACGCAGUGUGUGGAUGUAGACGAGUGUGUUCAGGCUCCUAAACCCUGUAACUUCAUCUGUAAGAACACUGACGGCGGGUAUCUGUGCUCCUGUCCACGCGGAUACGUGCUUCAAGACGACGCCAAGAGCUGCAGAGAUCUGGAUGAAUGCAGCACCAAGCAGCACAACUGUCAGUUUCUGUGUGUGAACACUAUUGGAGGAUUCACCUGUAAAUGCCCACCUGGAUUCACUCAGCACCACACGGCCUGCAUCGGUGAGACACACACUCGCAACACACACCCAGUCUCAAUAACUGAACCGAUGUCCAAUUGCCCCCAUCUGCAUCGCGGUGCACCAUGUUUCAGGCACUGUCUGUCGAGCACGGGUCUGUCUUCAUCUGGUCCUCAGGCUCCUGAUGCUGAUGAUGAAAACUCUCUGUCGCCUGAGGCCUGUUACGAGUGUAAGAUUAACGGGUAUCCAAAGAAAGGCCGCAAACGCAGAGACGCCAACGCAACACACGAGCUUCAGGAUGAAGUGGAUGAGGUCAGUCUGGCCAGUGUGGACGUGGACGACACGCUUCAGCUCCACCUGAACAUCAGCUCACUCAAAAACAAAGACCACAUCAUAGACUUGGUGCCGGCGCUGUCCACGCUAACAAACCACCUGCGCUACACUAUCGCCUACGGCAAUGACGACGGCCUGUUCCGGAUGACCCAGAAGGACGGCGUCAGCUACCUGCACAUCUCCAAGAAGAAGCCUCUCCAGCCCGGAGCCUACUAUUUAGAAAUCCGCAGCGUGGGCGGGAAAGACCAGCGUCCCGAAACAGACUACCUCAGCGGGCAGCUAGGGGGCGCUCUGAUCAUGAGAGUCCAGAUCGUCCUGCACUGAUCGUAUGCUAACAGACUGACGCAAACUAGCCAAAGAGCAGCACGUAUCGCACCGCGCGCUUCACUCCAUCAUACGCUCGCAUUCAGCCGACGGACGGACUCGCUCCUCUUACUGGUGCUAGAUACGAGAUUCAUGCACUGUAAACCCGUCCGCGGCCCGCUGUCCUCUCCGCAACUAUACUACAUGUAAUUUAAGUGUGUCUAUACUGUAACCGUGUCACUUUUUUUACUCGCGAACGCAUUUGUAAACUAGAGGAGCCCUGGAACAGAGGGUUUGUAAUGGUGCUCGUUAUUAUGACCAGUGUUGGGGACGUUAGUUUAAGUGAUGCAUUACAAUCUCGUGUUGCUUUUUAAAGGUAACUGUUACUUUCUUACUUUUUUAAGCAAAGUAAUCCAUUACAAUCAGUAGUUACUUUUUAAAAAGUAACCAUUACUUUUUACCUUAAGUAAUCCAUUACAAUCUGGAGUUACUUUUUUAAGUUGCUGUUACUUUUUUACAUUUUUAAGUAAUCUACUAGAAUUUGGAGUUACCUUUUAGAGUAACAAUUACUUUUUUAAGAAAAAUAAUCCAUUACACUCUAGAAUUUCCUUUUUUAAGUAACUGUUACUUUUUUACAUUUUCAUGUAAUCCACUACAAUUUGGAGUUACUUUUUUAAAAGUAACCAUUACUUUUUUAAGUAACGUAAUCCAUUACAACCUGUAGUUAGUUAAAAUUCUAAAAGUAACAGUUACUUUUUUUUUUUUACAUUUUUAAGUAAUCCACUACGAUUUGGAGUUACUUUUUAAGAGUAACUGUUACUUUUUUAAGUAAUCCAUUACAUUUUAGAGUUCCUUUUUUAAGUAACUGUUUUUUAUACAUUUUACAGUAAAGUAAUCCACUACAAUUUGGAGUUCCUUUUUAAGUAACUAUUAAUUUUUUACAUUUUAAAGUAAUCCACUACAAAUUGCAGUUACUUUUGUAAAAGUAACUGUUACUUUUUUUAAGUAACGUAAUCCAUUAUAUUCUGGUGUUACUUUUUUAAAAGUAACUUUUACUUUGUUACUUUUUAAGUAGAGCAAUCCAUUACAAUAUGAAGUUACUUUUUUCCCAAAGUAACUGUUACUUUGUUACAUUUGUAAGUAAAGUAAUCCAUUACAAUCCAGUGUUACUUUUUUAAAUUAACUGUUACUUUUUUUAAGUAAUAAUUAAGACAACUCCUUACAUUAAUAUUGUGAUUUUCUCGACACUCAAAGCUCUUUACUCAUUUUUGGAGGGAAUCUCCUCAUCCACCACAAGAGUGCAGCAUCUAUCUGGAUGAUGUAAUACAUUAAAGAAAUCCAUUACAGUCUUCUGUUAGUUUAAAAAAAAACAGUAAAAAAAGUAACAGUUACUUUCAAAAGGAAAGUAAUCCAUUAAUGUUACAAUCUGAUGCUACUUUUUUUAAAAAGUAACUGUUACUUUUUAAGUAAUGCAAUAAAACUCGGUCUUCUUUUAAAAGUAACUGUUACUUUUUUAAAGUAAAGUAACACAUUUAAGUAACGGCUACUUUGUUUCUUUUUAAGCAGGAUUAAUCUGGCGUUACUUAUUUUAAAAAGUAACUGUUACUUAUUUAAGUAAAGUAAUCCAUUACAAUCUGGUGUUAUUUAAAAAAAAAAAGUAACUGUUGCUUUUAGGUAACGUAGUUACUUUACUUUUUUUCAUCUGGGCUGGGCUUGCUUGUUUGGGUUCCUGAGGGUUUUACUGUCAUAUUUAAGACCUUUUUAACCUUUAUGAGUGAAAAUUCAGAUUUAUGCAGGUCUAAAUCUAGGGAUAGUUUUUGAAUACCAGCUUGUGCGGUGUAAAAGGUUUUUACCUGCCCCUAUCAAAAAAAGUGAAAUGAGUUAUUUGUUAGUCACAUAUGAAACAUGCUAAUGUAAGGAAGAUAAUUAAAGCAUAUUGGUAAAUAGAGUUAUGUUGAACGUUUUAAUGGGAUGGAUUGUUGAUGAUUGGAUGGGUGUGACCUGACUGGGUAGCUUUACAUAGAAAUAGGAAAAUUAAGACCUGUUUAAAAUGACCUACAAGACUAUUAUAUUGAAUUUAAACUUUCUAAGGCCUAAAAUUUAGUUUACAACUUGUAAUGCAUCACCCCCAACACUGGUUAUGACCAACUACUUGUAAACUGUGUUUCUGUGACUUGAUCAUGCACUGAGGUCUUGAAGCCACACACACACACAUACACACACACACACACAGACAUUCUCGUCAUCGCCGUGUGGCCUCGGCCUGAGAUCUGCCACCUUCUGUCCCGUCUCCACAGUCAUGAGGUGUUUAGUUGUACAUUCACAAUAAAACAUAUUUUUGGUUGUA